AUGGCCGAUCAACCCACCACCAUCCCCAUUACCUCGCUCACCCCCCACACGCCCCUCCCACCCACCACCUCGAUUCGCGCGACUAUAACGCUCUCCUGGCCCUACUCCUCAACAACCCACCAAUGCGCCCUCCUCCUCUCCGACCCGGACGCCCGCCUCCGCAGCCGCGGCGCACAAGUCCGCGUCCGCUUCUCCGGGCCCGCGGCGCAGGCUGUUGCGGAGGCGAGGGUGGGGAUCGGCGAUGUUGUCGUGCUGGGGCUGGAUGGUGGGAGGUGGGAAAUUGAUGGGACGAGGGAGCGGACGCCGGGGAGAGGGGUGGAGGGGGGGCUGUGGUUUCGGGGGAAGUUGGUUAUGAGGGUAGAGGGCAGGGAUGAUGGGGGGGAGGUUAGGGUUGAUGAGGUGGAAGAGGGGGAGGAGGGGGAGAAGAGGAGGGAUGGGGUGGUAGAGACGCCGAUGAGGAAAGAUGUGCCGGGGUUGAGGGAGAGGGUGGGUGAGGAGGGGGAGGGGCAAAUUUGGGUUGGGACUAUGGCUGGGGAUGGUCCGUUUGAGAGGGAGGUGGAGAGGUGGGAGGCAGAGCAAGGCGGGCAGAGGAGGUCAUUUGGUGCGGUCAGGCAGUGGAGGUAUGCUGAGAAGUCGCCUUCGCCAGUCAAGGAAGCCUUCGAGAACGGAGCUGCUGUGGCUACGGGACCAGUGGAUGGCGACCUCCAGGCUACGAUGGGGAGUGAAGAUAGGGAGAUGCUACCGCCGCCUCUGCCACGACUGCAAGUGCCGGAUGCCGAAGGUGAGGCGCCACAAGCGACCAUGCCAGAACAGCAGCUUGAACAGCAGCAUGGUCGUCCUACAACACCGAAGCUGCAGCCGGUCAAAUCGCCAACGCUACCUCUGCCUUCGCCCUUUCCUACCGACACCCCGAAGAGGCAUUUUGGCGGUGCAGAACCUACUACAUUCCCCACGAGUCCAAUGAAACGCCACAGUCCUUCUCGAAGCGAUGAAGCUGGACCACCGGCUGGCACUCACCAAAGCGCCGAUGCGGAUGUUCACUCUGACCCCGACGAUGAUGCUGAUGACGAUAACAAGGUACCGAUGCAAGAAGCGGAACCUGUCGAGCUCCUAUCGGACACCGAGCCGGAUACUGAUCACGAAAAAAUGCUUGAUGAUGGACAGACAAUACCUACUACGGAUGCCACUGAUGUACACAAUACCGAUGAAGACGAAAUGCUGGAGCUGGAUACUACCAUGGAAUCAGACCUGCUCACAGCUCCUGUGGAAGCACCAAAGGAAGUGCUAGAAGAGAUCUUGCUCGUUCGAGAUGAGCCAGCAGAAGAGCAGUCUACCAUUCCUACCGAGCCGCAGACUCCGGAGAGGCCGCCACAAGCGCAUCAGCGACCAAGCAUGUUCGGAUUCGACGGCACAUCGUCUGUCCAAAGCUCCACCCAUGUAACGCCAUUGUCUGAGAAGGACCGUGUGAUGUUGAAGACAUACCGCAGCUUGUUUGGCUUCAAGGCCUCACCUGAGGCUGAGGAGGCCAAGGCGGCGGCUGAGGUUGAGGCUGUGGGAGAGGGAGAUGUGAUGGAAGAGCCUUCCGUGGAAGAAACUCCCGUCCAAGAAUCUGAAAGUCCCUCGCCUACGACUGCCUCCGUACAGCCGACAAAGUCACAUGGAGAUGUUGCUGGCAUCGAGCCUCCGCCUCCGAUGGCCCAAGAGGUAGAAGUCGUGGAACCUACCUUGGGAGAACCGCUGGAGCACGUCCCUGAACCUGAUCCUCAAGACGUCGCCGGGCUCGACGCGGACGGCCCUGUGAGUUCCGAGCCUGCUGAGUACAUCCAUGAACUGUCGGGAGCUGAUGACGAAUCGCCAACCGAUGAAGAAUCACCUACUCCCAUGGAAGUGAUGGAGUCAUCGAGACCACCUCCAACAGCUGGCUUCUCAGAGCUCGCUCGUGCUCGACUCGAAGCGUCGGAGGCACCAUUGGAAACUAUGCAGGACGUCGCCAUGGAGCCUGCCUCGGGCGACGCAGCCGUGGAAGCCUCUCGACGGGCAGAACGUAGCUCACCAGGCGUGGAUGAGGACGAGCCCACGAAAGCCGCUCAGCCUCGUGGUGCAGAAGUCAUUGAGCUGAGUUCUAGCUCUGAGGAUGAUAGUGAGGACGAGAGCGAGGAAGAGCAGUUCGACGACCCUACCAUAGCCCCGCAGGGCGAAGUCGAGCAACAGGAGCCAGUUUUAGAGACGAUCAGAGAUCCUGGGCUCGCAGAUGAAAUCACGGGUGAUGACGCUGGUGAUCUCGAACCUCACGUGCCUUUGCGAGAAACGCAAGACGCAGAUCCUUCGAAUGAUGUCGACAUGGAAGAAACCUCAUCUUCAGAUUUUGAAAGGUCUGCCGAAGUGUCGCACGAACCUCUUACAAUCGAUCCUGCGUUGCAAGAUGGUCACUUGUCUCAGGCACCAAACGACGCACUGACCUCAACCGGAAUAAUCGACGGUUUCGAAGAACACUCGCACAAGCCCCGCAACCUUUCUGCUGGCUUAGUAGCUGAAGUUGAUCUGCUGUCACAUGAGCGAGUGUCUGACGAUGAAGAGGCUGCCGCAGAAGCGGUGCAACAUCCGAAGUUCUUUCCUCAUCCGGACGAGAGCCAGCUUAGCCAAUCACAUGUACCCUCUGGUGACGAGCAAGAAGACCCAAGUCGUCCACAACCUCUUCACCAAGCUCCGGCGUAUCCGAGCCUACCGCUCAGCCCAUUAAACUCUCAGCCUCUGCAGGACCCACCAUCACAGCUCCUAGUUCGGGACAUUGUCGAGACAGCAAGAAGUGCCCUUCCACCAACACCGGAGCUCACGCAGAUCCCGCCAGACAUGGUGACUGAUAACGUGGUCGUGGAGGAGGAAGAGGGCAGAGCACCGACCCCACAACAAGCGCAAGAAGAUAUCAUUUCUGAUCCUCAUCCUGAGGAGGAAGUGACAACACCCAUGCCUGAGAAGAAGACACCAGCGAGGAAGUCCAGGAGAUCGCGGCUCAGCAACAUACCGGACGUCAUAUCCGCAUGGUUCUCACCGAAGCGAUCGAGCGCCGCGGAGGCCGUCAAUGGCGAGCGUGAUCGGCAUGCAGAAGGUCAACAACAGCAGAAACCUGUUGCCACACAAACGAUCUCCGAGCCCUCGACCGCCAAGCCUGUCCACGUCAACGGCGUUUCAACCGCCCUGUCGUACUUCACGCCUCUUUCUCGACUUGAUGAAUGCCUCAACCCGUCAAGCCAACAAUCGCAUGGCAACGGAACCGUCGACAUCUUCGCCGUCGUCACAGACAAGACCAAGGAGCCUGCUCGUGCUAAAGGCGGUCCUCGCGACUACUACACUAUCUUCCGCAUCUCGGAUACAAGUAUCACUUCAUCCACGAGUGUGCGCGCUGAGAUCUUCCGGCCCUGGAAGGCGACGCUCCCGGUAGCAGAAGUCGGCGACGUCAUCUUGUUGAGAGACUUUGCCGUGAAGUCUCGCAACCGCCAAGCCUAUUUGCUCUCCACUGAUGCCAGCGCCUGGUGCGUGUGGAGGUAUCAAGACGCGAGCGUCGCCGAGAGCAAUGCUAAGAAGCCGGCGUGGGCUCGAAAGUCCACGGAACAGAACGGCACCACAGUACGUGAGGAAGUCAAAGGACCGCCGGUCGAGCUCGGAGACGAGGAGCGCAAGCAUGCGACGAGCUUACGGUCGUGGUGGGAAGGCAAUGUUCACGCACGAGUGGAAGAAAAAGCCGAUGAGCAAGAGAGUGUUGGUGUUGGGCUGAACGGCCAUGCGCCCGGGCCUGUUGCUACGAAGCUGUGA